CCUCGCACACCAGCCCGACCUCGCCCUCUCCUCGCUGCCCAGCCAUGGCCAGCACAUCCGCGGCGCCCGCUGCCGGUGCGGCCUCCUCGCUGCCCGAUGCGCUCUCCACGCUGCGUGCCUCGCUGCCGCUCAGUACCGGCUGCUGGAGCGAUGCGUCCGGCGUCUCCGUCGAGUCAGCCAAGGCGACGCAUCUGCAGCUCUCCGGGCAUCUCUUUCCUCGCAGCACGGCCACGCGUCUCGUGCGGCCCAGUGCGCCCGACAAUGCCACGCCCAGCACGGCGCCGCAGCACUUCUACGCGCUCGACGACCUCGUCUUUGCCAGCCUCUCGCGCGACGAGAGCUAUGCUGCCUACCUGCUGGCGGCGAACCGCACGGAGGGCAUGGCCGGUCGCCACUUGAACGCCCUUGAGCGCCCGCGCGUGCUGAGAGCGCUCGAGCAGGAGGGCGAGAUGGAGCUAAGCGAGGCGGAGCUGCAGCGGCGCCUGGAAGCUCCCAGCAGCAGCACAGCACCUGCCGCUCAGGCAGCAGCUGCGCCUAAGCGCGCCUAUGUGCCAUCUCCCGCCGAUGCUGCCUUCGUGAAGCGCCUGCGCACGCAGAACGUCGAGGUGGUGCUGCGAACGCGGUCGCAUGCCUUGCGCGGACCACGAGCAGCGACGGGUGCUACCGCCGACUUCGCCUCUGCACACAAGGCGCUCGCACCUCUGCUGCGUGGCGCUACUACUGGCGGGGCCCAGUCUGCGCCUGCUUCUCGCGCCGCAGCAGCACCGGCAGCAGGCCAGCCGAAGCGGCGGCGUGGCGAUCCGAUCAUCGUGCUCAGCAACGCACCGACGGCACUGCUGGGUCUCUCCAACCUCUCUGCUUUGCUGGGCGGCGGCGUGUACAUGCCGCGCAGCAGCGGCUCCAGCGGCGAGACGAUGCUGUCGCUGGAACGACCUGGCCUGCCGAACGGACUGCGGCAACGCUUCCUGGUCGUUGACUCGACGGAGGCGCUUGCUCGCCUUGGCGCAGGAGGAGCGGAUCCGUGGGAGCGUGUCGUGGCGGUGUUCACGAGCGGUCAGACGUGGCAGUUCAAGGGCUACAAGUGGAGCGAGCCGCGCGAGCUCUUCAGGCAUGUGAUGGGCGUGUACGUGCGAUGGGCAAACGACGCAAGAGCGCCGAGCGUGCGCGACUGGAACGUCACGGAGCUGGCUGUGGACCGCACGAAGCGGCAUACAGACAAGCAGCUCGUGGCGCACUUCUGGCGCAGCCUCGAUGCGUGGGUGGCACGCAACAAGCCGGACCUGGCGCCGCGCGGUGCAGUUGAGGCGCGGUAGCGAAUGCAAAGCAUAAUCUAGCAGCGACUCUGGGACUUGCCGCGCGGAGAGUAGCGUUCCAC